GUUGGGGGUUGGGGGUCGGGAGUCAGACAACAUUGACUAGCAGUAGUACAGCACUGGCAGGGACUGGAGGAAGCGGGGAAGCCAUGAACUCCCCCAGUCCCGUUGCCGUUGCCUCUUUAGGCUCGCUAACCCCCCCGUUAGCCUCGCUUCGUGACAACUUGAUUGGAGAGCCGAGAUUGCCGUUGCAUCAUUUUUCAUUAUUUCUCAUCGCGAUGGAUCACGUUCGGAUCGUGCCCCUUUUUUACCGACCUCGGUUAAACCCAUCCGCAUUGGCAUGGGUAGAGAGAGGGGAGGAGAUUGGUGGUCAAGAAGCCACUCCCCCGAGGGUCAUCCGGUAUAUAUACUCUGGAUGGAUCUACGGAGUAGAGAUUGAGUGUUUGGAAAAGUUGGAAAGGCAUGUGUCAAACCAGUCUGACGCGGAAGACAAUGCAUUGUUGGGAGUACAGUACCUGCUUGGGUACAGACUUUAGAAGUGUGGACAACCUAAGUAUCAACAGAAUUGGGACCGGACCUUCUGUCGAGAUCGGAAUACCUGCUCAUGCAAGCAAGACGCUGGGGAUCACAGGCCAUACAUACAUUUAUGAAGAAAGUAAGGGGCCUUCCUGAUAGUUAGCUAACAGCAUCCUACUUAUGUUCCUUGAGUGGGAGAGCAAAGCGGAAACGGGGUUAGUCUGUCCAGCCCAUCCCCUCUGAUUAUUCUUCU